GCGCGGGCCUUGGGCCCUGUGAGGCCCCGCGGGAGGAGCCCGAAGGGUAGUGGAGAGGUUUUUGGCGGGCAGAGAGGCUUUCUGUUUCCCUCACGCUGGGGGUUGAACGGACGCUAAGGAUCGGUGUCUCUUGUUUGUACUAGAAAAGAAAUGGAGAAAGCCCCAACUCGCUCCAAUAGAAAACUGGACAAAAGACCGGAACAACCAGAAAAAUGCUAAUGGCUGCACCUGUGGAAAAAGCACCUCAGCGGCGGUUAAGAAAUAGAAACAAAGGGGCUUCCUCGCCCCCUUUUUGAUUGGGUGGUCGUUUAGCCAAGGACUGUUGACCAAAAACGUGUCUGCUGCUAGUUGGACAUUGGCAACAUCACUAAGUGCUAAGUGGGCACCCUUUCCAAAUAGCCUCGCGGACGGAAAAUGACCACCGGAAGUGCGGCGAAAAGAUUAAAACAUGAGUGAGAGUGUGCGUCUUCGAAUGUGUGACCUCAAAGCUCCCAUUUCAAAAAAUACCUUAAACAAGGGGAGCGAAGACUUGAAAUCUGACACAGUUUGCACAAAAGCGUGUUAUUAUCACAGGGAAGUUUUCAAUUUGCUCUUUUGCCUCUGAAGGGUCAGUGAUGUUAGCCUAUGAAAUAAGCCGACCGCAGAUAACAGCAAGGGUACUUACUCCCUGAGGCGUGGGAGUGCGAGGUGGCUGACCCUAAUAGUUUAACAGAGCGGGAAUCGGCUUCCUGGGAGAAGGCAGGAAGCCCUGGUCUUGUGCAGAUAAAAUGUUCCCGGGAACCGCCACCUGUGGCCGUCUCUGGGCUAGGUGAUGCCCCCGGUCUGUUGCUAUCGAUGGGUCUUUCCCAGGCAGAGAGAGCAGGAACAAUCAGCACCCCCUCGGCCUGCGGCCGGUGCUCACUAAUGUGACAGGAGUAGAUUUCCUGUUACAAGAAGGCUCUUGAGAACCUCUCCUGUGUGUGCGGUCACCCACACUAACCGACUCAGAAUAUGCCAAGGCCGUAUUCUCGGGAUGUUUUAUUCUCGUUCGAAGAACAAGCACCUAUGGAUUUUACAGCCUUCCCUUAUGAGAGGAUUUCUUGAACGCUACAAUUGGAUGAAGGAUACUAACAUAAUUUCUUCAGUACGUGUUGGCUGUAAGCCAAGAGAAAGGAGCCCUGAAUGGUCACGAUUGUGUCUUGAUUUGUAAAUCGGAGACAGAGCUGGAUGAGGUGCGCACUACAGGCAAUGGCUUCAUCGGACUCACCAGCAAGAUGUUCAACAUGAAGAGGCUGGAGGAAAUCAGCACGUGUUACAGCAGUAACGGCCUGGAGAAAAUGGCCUUUUUCCAGUGCAUGGAAGAGGUUGAGAAAGUGAAAUGCUUUCUGGAAGAAAAUUCUAGCGAACAGGACCCAAGACCUGGAAAGAAUGAGGCUAAGGAGGAGGCGUGGCCGGACCGCGGUCUGGAGGGAAGGACACCUGCCAGCUGUGAGAGACCAGCAGCCCUCACAGAUGACAUCCUGGCUCCCGCUGCCCCGUUCGAUCAUCGCAUUGUGACAGCCAAGCAGGCGGCCGUCAACAGUUUCUAUACUGUGAGCAAGACAGAGGUUUUAGGAGGGGGGCGUUUUGGCCAGGUCCACAAGUGCGAAGAGAAAGCAACAGGCCUGAAGCUGGCCGCCAAAAUCAUUAAGACCAGAGGCGUGAAGGACAAGGAGGAAGUGAAGAACGAGAUCAACGUCAUGAACCAGCUGGACCACGUGAACCUCAUUCAGCUCUACGAUGCCUUCGAGUCCAAGAAUGACAUCGUCCUGGUCCUGGAGUAUGUGGAUGGUGGGGAGCUGUUUGACCGCAUCAUUGAUGACAACUACAACCUGACAGAGCUGGACACCAUCCUGUUUGUCAAGCAGAUAUGUGAGGGCAUCAGGCACAUGCAUCAGAUGUACAUUCUGCACUUGGACCUGAAGCCUGAGAACAUCCUGUGUGUGAAUCGGGAUGCUAAGCAAAUAAAAAUUAUUGAUUUUGGAUUGGCAAGAAGAUACAAACCCAGGGAGAAGCUCAAGGUGAACUUUGGGACCCCAGAAUUUCUCGCCCCCGAAGUCGUGAACUAUGAUUUUGUUUCCUUCCCCACGGACAUGUGGAGCGUGGGAGUCAUCGCCUACAUGUUACUCAGUGGUCUGUCGCCUUUCCUGGGAGACAAUGACGCGGAGACGCUGAACAACAUCCUGGCCUGCAGGUGGGACCUGGAGGACGAGGAGUUCCAGGACAUCUCCGAGGAGGCGCGGGAGUUCAUCUCCAAGCUUCUGAUCAAGGAGAAGAGUUGGAGGAUAAGUGCGAGUGAAGCUCUCAAGCACCCUUGGUUGGCAGACCACAAGCUCCACGCCAGGCUCAGUGCCCAGAAAAAGAAGAAGCCGCACUGCAGCUCUGAUUCUCAGAACCUGUGACCAAAGAGUCUACGGUGGAUGCCCGUUUGAAAGGAAAACGACUGCGGUUGCUGCUGCUUUGAGAAGAUUUUUGGAAAAAUCAGCAGUUCUGAUGCCUUGACCCCUGUGCCGACGGGUGGCCAAAGCUGGGGGACCCUUUGAACUUGGACUUUGAGUGAUUCUCCAAGCUCAAGGGGGAUACCCAGCGCUGCAGCCUCCGGGGGCUCACACAGCCCCCCACACUUUGUUUUUCCUGGUUGACCCUCGUCACAGGGGCAGGGCUGCAUUGUGUCUGCUGUUUCUCAGAUUGUCGGAGAGAGAGCAUGGCUGGGGUCCUAACACCUGGAAGAUGUACGGACAGGGAGCAAGUGGAGCCCCGUCACCGCUCUGUGCCUUUCAAAGGGGAUGUUUCUAUUGCCAGAAAGAGUCCUCCGUCUGGGACCCCCGGGGACACGUGGUCUCUCGGACUUUCUUGAGGAAGCCUGAAGAGCAGCUGCAGUUACGCCAGCCCAUUGGCUUGCUGGGACACAAACCUUUCAGCUCCGAGCCCUGAGGCCGCAGCCUUUGGACCUCCCAUUCAUCCUGAACUCUCCCACGAUUGCUCAGGUUCCUCCCAAGUCGCUGUCCCUACUCUCAAAUUCGUUCCGUGCCUUUCACAGCGCACCCCCUGCCCUCUCCCGGCUGACAGGCCAGCCGCACGGAACAGCCUGGUUUGAGAGGCGAAGUGACAGCUCUCUGCUUAUGGUGUCACUCUAGCAGCACCCCCUUGGGGAGGGCGUGAGCAGCCUCGGGCGUGUCCUGAAGCCCUGUUGUCCCUGCGAAGGGAAGGCUCAGCGCUUGGUGGCCCGUGUGGGCGCCCCUGGAAGCAGCCCUCCCGUUUCUAGGCAAACACAGAUGUUCACGGGAUCGCAUGUGACUCGGUGGCUAUGAGGGAGCAGUCUGAAGCCAAAGGCAGAGGGACUCCCUGUUCAGUUCCCUUUUUGGACACCAGGAUGAUGUCCAGGCGGGAGCGUCCUGUCCUCAAGUUCACGUACCAUUUCCCAACAGAUCUUUAAUGGGGACGUGGGCUCUGCCGUGGCUGGCAAGUCGGGCACAGAAAGACACUGGCGCUUGUACAAAGGGAAACGGGCACCAUCUCCCUAGGAGGAAGAGACAGUGCAAGCCAGACUGAAACCUCACUGCGCACUCCACCCAUGCUCGCCGCUGCGCGCUCUCCUUUUUCCGUGUCAAAUGGCUGCUGUGUUGAGAUCAGCUGCCACAAUGCCUUUCUGUGUAGCCACCGGUCACUCUAGGCCACUGCUGUCCUGACAGCAGUGGAGGGCAGUGAGAGUCUCUUGGUGGCCAUUUCACUGAGGCCAGCUUUUACUCGCCUCAGCUUUCCUUCAUUCCCUCUCACACCCACCUCACGAAUUCUUGCAGCCUGCCCAGGGUCAACUACACAGGCGCUGUCCUUAUUCUGUUCAGUGUAAAGGUAGAGAUAGAAGCGAAAUGUAUCAUUCAGUGACAGCCACAUGCCAAUCUCGGGGUCACACCUACCCCUACAGAACCUACCCCUUCCCAGCCUUCGCGCUUCUGUUAUGAUGCAUUUCAAUUUUUCUUUCUUCCCUUUGACCGAUGCAUUUAUCCAAGGUUGGUUUCCCAUGUUCCUGUUAUGUGACUAUGCUUCAAAUAUUUAAUUUAGUGCCCUUCAAAAAAUUCACACAUACACACACACACACACACACCAAGCCCUGGGACUGAAGUGUUGUAUUACUGUGCUAUCUUUAGCUGAUGCUGUUCAUUGAGUCUGGAAAAAUACAAGCCAGUGCCUGCGUUAAUACUCAGACCACAGAGUGCUGGCACUGACUCAAAUGCUAAAUAGGACACAAGGGUCUGAUUUGAAAUCUCUCAUGGAAGGGCGUUUUCUGUCCUGCCGUGGGGAUCCUCCACCAAAUCAAACAGGAAAUCUCUCGCGUGGUGUGCUGCUCACCUCCAGCUCAGUUCUGGCUCACAUGGGCAGACCAACUUUCCCCAGGCCCUGCCACGCAUGGGCUACAUGGAAGAGGUAGCUUAGAAGGGGCUCUUUGUCAGAUUAAUCCACCAAUGGCCCUGCCAUGAGUGGGUGUGAGUUUUCCUUUUUCUCUUUGAGGUUUAGAAAGGAGACCAUACUUUGAAAACAGAUCUUGUUUGAAUUUGUAGUUAAAUUUCCACAUUUGGCUGGGAAGGCAUCCUUGUGCCAGCAGGGUGCCUUUUUAUGAGAGCUGAGGACGGUUUGCCUUGCACAGUUGGUGAUUACAGUCUAGGGUUUCGGCGAAAUGGGAGAUUAUCAGUCUCGGGUUCAUCCUGUCCCCUCGCUCCACGCCCAUGGAUUGCUGCCGGUAUCUGGGCAGACUUGCUGCUCUGAUGGGAAAAGGGGGCUUUGCAAAGCCCAGGGAUCAAACCAGAUGUGAGCACGGGCCCGGAGAAGCUGCGUCUGGCCGGACAGGGGCUGUAUCCUGAUCAGUUUUUCCAAGAAGUCGUCAGGGUUGGAGAGUGUAUUUCUCCUCCACCCUCUAACAGGGUGAUGCAGCUUUGCGCACUUUCUCCCAGCCACGAGGGGCCACUGCCCACUGCCUGGAGAGAAAUAAACCCCACAAAUUAUUACGGAGAAAACAGGCCCACGUUCACUCAUCUAGAAGACACCAACAACUACCCGGAAUCUGGGAGGAAACGGGCUCCUGCUUUUAUUUCUUACAUUUUUUUUAAAUUGUGGGAUUAUGUCCUGAACUAACUUGGGGAACAGAUUUCGAGGUUGAGCUUGGGUAACACACAUCUGUAGAUGGCCGUAGAUUUGUUUUCAGGAGUUUUUGUGUCUGAUUUGAUAUUCAUUUGCUUUCCUUCCUUGAAGAUGUAAAUAGGCAUGCUGCCAUUGUCAGGGCUUACGUGAAUAUGUUUUGAAAGAUGUGUGAAUACUUAUAUUUUCAUUCAUUUCAUGGAAAUUAGUAGAGUGAAAAUUUUUUUCUUAUUUUAGAAUUGAAAUAUGGAUUUUGUCCCAGGGCACUGAGAAUCUUGCUCUUCAUUCCUGUUUCGUGUGUGUGUGUGUGUGUGUGUCCCUCUGCCCUCCCUGACCUUUGCCCAGCCAUCCAGCGAGGGUGCCAGCAGGCAUACGUUUGCUUGUUUCGUUUGGGCUGUGGCUCAGCGGAUGAACCCUCAUUUGGAACAUACAUUCGUAAAAGCGUAAGGCAGAGGAAGGAGGAUGCCCCGGUGGGCUGCGGCUGAUGGGCUCAGUUCACGCUCUGUCCCUGGCCCGUCUGUCACGUGCGUGGCCUGCGACUUCAUACCCGUCACAGUAUACUCCUCCAAAGCCUUUGUGAGAUGAAAACUUCACCUCCUAAUGGCAAAUUGCUGCGUCCCGGAGGAAAGUCCGGCCGCUGAGAGUCAGGCCACUCCCUUGGGUAGCUCCCUAGAUUAGAAGAGCCGUGUAUUGAGGUGUGUUUUGUACGGGCAGUUCCACCUUCCAUGAAGGCUGAUAACUCGAUUCCCGCCACCCACUCAGAACAGCAGGAAACGCCCGGCGCUGGAGCGUGCUGGUCUUGACUGUGCAUUUUGCUGUCAUCAGCUGACAGACAUCGCCUGAGUCCUUCCGAUGAAAUUUCUCCAUGGAGACAGGAAAUGCAAAUGAUUCGUCACGUGGUGAUCGCCUACAUCAUGCACACGUUUAAUUUCUGAACGUAGCUUCGAUCAAGCGUACUGCUUUGUCUUAUAAAGAGAUAUGAGUCAUAUACGUGUAUUAUAUUAAAGAACAAACAUGGACAUCA